UGAUAGAACUACAUGUACAUGUAUUUCAGAUAUUUCAUUUGUAUCAGUUAGCUAUUCCUUCCUAGUUUACUUCUCUCAUUAUUGUGAUACAUUUGCUUGUUAUAAUGUUACCAAUCCACAGGUCAAUAGAGAGGUCAGCACAGCAUGAGGCACAGAGAACUGAACAAAAAGCAAAAGGAGAACUAGAGAGACAAAAACUACAAAAUGAAAAGGAGGCAGAGGAAGCUAGGAAGGAGUUGUUAGAGUUACAAGCAGUAGCAGCUGCUGUUGAGAGCACUGGACAAGCUAAAGCAGAAGCACAAGCUCAAGCUGAGAGACUUCUCAUUGAAGGACAGAGUGCUAUUGAAUGUAAGCCAGAGUCAGUAUUAAACCUGGUUUCCAUGUAGCUGUACAACAGCCUG